CCGGGCUGGGGCUGCGGAGGGAAGCGGCCUCAGUGGUUUUUUUUUUCCCGCUUGACUAGUGAGUAAAAGAAAGCUUAGUCUUGGCCCGGAGUGCUUUUACAAGUUAACGGAUGAAAUUUUGUUCCCACCUCCGAGUUCAGCAUCCUGUUGCCAGAUUUCCCCAGUAAAUGACCUUCGACACAACUAUUUGCAAAACAAAUGGGGAAGAACAUUCAAGAAAAAAGAUAAUUUAUCACAGGAAAGUUAUUGAAAAAUGAAGCAUCUGAAUGAAGGACUAACUAUACUGAAUUCAGCUUUUGUGAAUCUUAUUUGCAGAUAUGUACAGGACACAUCCUAAGAUUCACUUCUGCCUCAACAGAAAUGCACAAGCCAGUAUCUUAUUGGAAACGAUUUGCAUGUUUUAAGAACUGGUGUAUCUAGGAUAUGAAAGAUGGCAAGUCCGGAUAAAAGUAAACGGAAGAUAUUAAAAGCCAGAAAAACAAUGCCUACAAGUUGCCGAAAGCAAGCAGAGAUGCUGAAUAAGUCAAAGAAUGUUGAAGCACUGAAAAUAACAGCGAUUGGGAGUAAUGUUCCAAAUAGUAAUCAGAAUUUAAGUACUGGUAUCAUAACUAGCAAAUGUAGACAUUCUGAAAACAUUGCUUCUUCAUUGGACUCUAACAAAAAUUCAGUAUUCCUACAGAAAAGUAAAGUAUUCCCUCAGAAUUUAAUAAAACCACUAGAAGAAAUUGUUAAUUCAGAAACAAGAUUGGAAUAUGUUGCUGAACAAGUUGUGUAUCCAAGUAAAAGAAUAGAUUCUCCCAGCAAACUCUUUAUACAGGAGGCAAAAGAUUCACAAAACACUUCUGAAAACCAUUCUGAAAAUCAUUUUGAAUAUCAGGGAAAUGUAACAAGAUCCUUUGUUGAACCCGAAGGGGCUUGUAGUCUAAACUCCAUUUGCCGUCAACCUAGUAUAUUAAGUGAUCUAAUUCAAAUGCUAAAGUCUACAGGAACUAAUACCUUCGAUGAUAAGAGAAUUGACAAGAUGGCUUCUCAUUUAGAAACAAAUUCCAAUUCAGAGUUGCAUGAUAAAAGACAAAAUGACAACAUUUUAAGUUCAGACUUAAAUUUUAUGCCUGGUGAGAAAACGCCUAUCUUGGUGAAUUCGAUCAAUUUCAACAACCGUGCUGCUGAUGUUUUGAAAAAUGAAGACUCCAGUAGAACCUGUCAUUCCAGCAUUUCAAAUUGUGAAAGUACAGAUUCGAAGGGGCAGUCAUCACCUGAUGCUGAUAAUAACAACGGCCAUUAUCAAAAGAAGAGGAUGUUUUCAGAAAACAAAGAAAAUGUUAAGCGCAUGAAAACCUCAGAGCAAAUUAAUGGAAAUAUUUGUGUAGCUCUGGAAAGGCAAACAGCAUUGCUGGAACAGGUCAGACAUUUGAUUCGAGAGGAGAUCUGUAGUAUAAAUUACAAACUAUUUGAUAAUAAACUGAAAGAAUUGAAGGAACGCAUUGGGAAGACAGAGUGCAUGAAUAAACAUCAAGCAAUAGCUGAUGAACUCUUCGCAAAAAUAGCAAAACUUCAAAGACGUAUUAAAACAGUAAUGUCUCAAAGGAAUUGUUUGGAACCAAACAUGUUAUCCAGUAAUACAACCUGUGAGGUUGUAAAUUCAGAAACAGUGAUUUUAGAUAAGAAUCCAAAGUCACUUAAUAGUCCAGUUGAAAGAAUGACUUCUGUGAACUCUGAACCUUCAGAAAAAGCAAGUGAAAAGAUUAAUUUGUCACUGGAUCGUGAUGAGUCUGUUUCUGAAAGUAACAAUGAUGAUGUUAUGUUGAUUUCUGUGGAAAGUCCUAAUUUGACAACUCCAAUUACAUCAGAUCCAACAGAUAUUAGAAAAAUUAUAUCAGGAAAUUCCAGUGAUCCAUCUAAUGCUGAAACUGAAGUUAUGGCUGUACAGAAGAACCUUCCUUCUGUAAUUGAUUUGACAAGAGAAGGCCUAUGUAACUAUAACACAGAACAUCUAGUAUCCACCCCGGAGUCACCUUCAAAAGCUGUUUUAAACUCAAAAGAAACAACCCUAGUGCCACAAAAUACAGACCAGGUUCUUGAGUCCUUUGAGCACCUACCACCUCUCCCAGAACCACCACUACUACUACCUGAACUGGUGGACAAAAUCCGAGACACACUUCCUCCCCAGAAGCCUGAGCUCAAAGUGAAACGAGUUUUGAGACCCAGGGGCAUUGCCCUGACUUGGAACAUCACCAAAAUCAAUCCCAAGUGUGCUCCUGUGGAAAGCUACCACCUCUUCCUGUGUCAUGAGAUCCCUGAUGAUAAGCUGAUUUGGAAGAAAAUUGGAGAAAUUAAAGCUUUACCACUCCCAAUGGCAUGUACUUUAUCUCAAUUUUUAGCUUCCAACAAAUACUACUUUACUGUCCAAUCGAAAGACAUUUUUGGGCGAUAUGGACCAUUUUGUGAUAUAAAAUCUAUCCCUGGGUUUUCUGAAAAUCUUACCUAAAGUCUUUAAUAAUUAUAUAUUGUAUUAUAUGUUGUUUUGUUAUACUGGAGUCGUUUGUUUACAAUAUUAUUCUAAGACUGCCAUUUUAAAAGGCCAGUUCAGAUUGUGAACCCUUUGUAUAGGGACAGUCCUAGUCUAUAUUUUGUAAAUGGCUUAUAGUUUCAUGAAUUUCUGAUUUGUAUUAAAUAUGUACUUACAAUGGAUAUGUUAUAAAGCUACAUUAUCAUGGACCCAUGUCACUAAGGAGUAUUAUGAACAAUACCUUUGGUGACUAUGGAGCUGCUGCUUAUAUGAGAAAACCCUAGGAUACAAGCAGCCACUGUCUCCUCUGGACAGCUUUCCCGCUUGUGGUCAGUUUAGUUACAGGAAAAAUUGGCUUUUUACUGAGGCAAGAUCAUCCUGGGGGUGCAUCUCCACCAACAUUUUGUAAAAAUGUCUUCCCUUCUAUUCAAAUUCUGAGUGGGUUAUUAAUUUGUGCCCCUCAUCGUCUUUUUUUCUUUAUGGCUUUUUUUUUUUUUUUUUUUUUUUGCUCUGUCAGUCAUUUGGGGAAAUAGUCUGGAGGUUUUCCCUAAAUCUGUUUGUAGACUUAGAUGAAAUAAAAUUUGUUAAACAUUGUA